AUGUCUUUCUACCCAGAAGGCUGGACGCAUGGCCGGCUCCUCAACGCCAGCGGAGAAGACCUUAUGGCUCUCUCAGAAACUCAACGCACCACUCUCUUCGACGGUCUGAAAGCCACUCACGGUGAAGAUGGUUUCCGCGAAAUAUUGCAGGAAAUGAGUCGCCGCUACCGGGCCCGAGUUGAGGCCGCUAAGUCAGAGGAAACCAAGCAGCAAGAGCGGGAGCUCCUCGCACCUUUUGUCCAGACCCUAAAUUCUGUCUUUCGAAGCGCAGAGACUAAGGACUGGGGGAAAUGGGGAUUUGUGGUGUUUCGUACGACUCCCUAUGGGGGUGAGUAUGAGACGCAGUGGGCGGAAUUUCGAAGACGGUGGGAUGCGGUGAUCGAGGAGGGUUUGGCCCUGCAUCGGGGCUCGUUGCCUAGGGUGGACCGAGCGAUUGAUCUAUUGGAGUUUCAGUGGGUGGAACAGCCCGAAUUAGAGGGGGCAGAUGUAGCGGAUGUGGCCAGGCGCUUCAAUGAAAUGGCCUUACCACAGGGACUCGCCACUUCCGCUUGUCUGAUGGUAACACCAGCCUCUAUGGAGUCUGUUCUAUCCUCAUCAAUUCCUUCAUCUGUGCCGCGCUGUGAGCGCCAAAGGAUUCCUUUUGUUGUUUCGGUAUCCCAGGGAGCGAGUGCCCCGCGUCUUCCACAUUUGCCAGGCCUAGGUGGUGAGGAUGUGGCCGGCGCUGAAUUCAAGGGGCAUCUUAAUGUGGCCGUGGAGACCGUUCUGCAAGAGUUUUACCCGAUUGUCGCAUUGCAAAUAAUGGAUCUACAUACACUAACAACGAAAUUCCGUCAUGAUAAUGACAUUUGGUGUUCGAGUGAUCGGUGGGGGAUACACUAUUACGAGGAAUCAUGA